CGACAGCUGAGGAAGCUCCGCCUCCUCAGUGUACGCGUCGCCAUGGCGACCGCUUCCCGGGUAACGUUGUGCGCUGCAGGCUGGGGGCGCGAGGAGAGAGCAGCAGGGAAGAUUUGAAUGGAACGUUCCGGCGCAGAUCCCCGGGGAACAUGAGCAGCAACAGCCUCAGCAGCAGCGAAGGCAGUUCGCGCGCGGGGUCCCCCUGCUCCCGGCUCAUUGACGUGACUAGCAAUGCGGCGCUGCUGCCCGCCCCCUGCCCCGCGGCUACAGCGCCCCCCGCCGCUGAGGUCCAAGAUCAACUCACAAUAAUGAAGAGACAAAUGGAAGAGAGAGCGAAUUUAACUGCUAUCUGUAGUGUUGGAAGAAACAAAGGAAGAACAGAGGCACAAAAGGGAGCUUAUGAUCACAUUCUUCCGGAUAUACCUGUCACUCGAGAACAGACAAAUCACUAUCGGGCUGUGGCUGAAACUGCCCGUAGUGAACUUGCAGCACUUCUGGUAAAGUAUGAAUGUGCCCAGUCAGAGCUUCUAGAUCUCAGAUCCAAAAUGGUCUCUAAAGAAGUCUCAUUGCAAGAGCUGAAGGCUGAAGUGGAAAGCUACAAGGAAAACAAUGCUAGACAAUCCUCUCUGCUCCUCUCUUUGCAAAAUCGUGUUCAGGAGAUGGAAGAGGAAUCAGGUGUGCUUGCCACUUCCAAAAAACAGACAGACCUAACAGCACAGGUUUUGCUCCAGGAGAAUUGGGAGCUGAAGGAAAAGAUCCAUGACCAAGAAGCCAAACUGAACAAAUAUUUGAAUGAGUGUGAAGAAAGCAAGAAUCGAGCUUCUAAGAUCAGCUGGAAGCAGGGUGAAUUCUUAGCACAGCUUUCCGGAUUCUUGGACGUAGACAUCAGAGGAAAAGAGGAACCACACAAACAUUUAAUUUCAAAGGUCAAUCAGAUGCAUAAAGAAAAUACAAUGCUAACAGGGCAGAUUGCCACUCUUGCAGAGACUAUCAAUGUUCAUGAGAUAGAGUCAAAAGCUAGCAGAAAAACCAUCAUGAGGCUUGUUUCGGAAGUCAGCAAAGAGCAGAAAAAGGCUGUAGCCUACUCCCAAGACAUGGACAAGCUUAGCAAGGAGCUAGACAGUGCUUUAAUAGCCAAACAGAGUCUAGAGAAGGAGAUCAGAAGCCUCCAAGAUAGGCUGGCUGCUAGCCAGAGGGCUUGGGAAGCCUCAAAGCAAGAACUGCACCACCUGAAGAGAUGUUCCAGUGAGAUGGAUGGGAGUCUGAAAAGCAGCAUAGACGAGGCCAGGACUGCUCAGAGCCUGCUGAGUGCUUUUAAAGAGCAAGUUGCUACCCUUCUUAGCAACAGUUCUGUAACAGUUAAGCCCUCCGAGGAGGCCAUCAUGGAGCGAGUUCGAGAACUUGGCCGCAGGGAAGAGAGCAAAAAGAUAAUGGUGUCCCAGCUUGAAGCCCAAAUAGCUAAACUGACUGAGCAGCUGGAGAAUCAGACCAGAUUGCACCAGGAGGCUCUGCAAAGGGCCAGGAAAGCAGAAAAACAAUCUGAGACACUCCAGGAUCAAUUGAUGCGUCUGGAUGGGGAGUUGGUGUCUGGAGAAGUGAUGCGAGAUGAUUUGAAGCUUGAGAAACAAAAAUAUCUUAAAUUUCUGGAACAACUUUUGGCUAAAAUGAAGCUGGACAGUGUUGCAUUUGAGAUUGGGCUCGAUAUGAGUCUGGAUGCAGUUCUGGCCCGUGCAGAGCAGUUGGUCAAACUGGAAAGUGAUGCAGUGAUUGAAAACAAGACUACGGCACACAACCUACAAAGGAAGUUGAAAGCUCAGAAAGAAAAGCUUGAGAGCAAAGAGCUGCAUAUGAACCUUCUGCGGCAGAAAAUAUCUCAGCUGGAAGAGGAAAAGCAAGUGCGAACAGCUCUGGCUGUGGAAAGGGAUGAGGCCAACCUCACCAUGAGAAAGUUACAGAAGAAGGUGGAGAGGUUACAGAAGGAGCUGGGCCUGGCAAGAGACUCAAACGCUGACCUCAAAGCCAAACUGUCUGACACCAAUGAACUGAAAGUGAGUAACACGGUUACAUUUUACCGUUUCUGUUUACCAAUGGAGGGAAAAGGCUGA